CAGACGAUUUUAUUUGUCCUUCAGAGCAGCAAUGGCGUCGGCCACCAAAAUCAUUCAGAGGAUUCGAAAUUUUUUGUCAGGACACGAUCUUCAGGCAAAACUUCAGCUGCGUUAUGGUGAAAUUUCUAAGAGGACUCAACCCCCACCCAAACUUCCAGUAGGACCCAGCCACAAAUUUGCAAAUAACUAUUAUCUCCAGAGAGACGGGCGGAGGGAGUCUGUCCCUCCGACUAUUGUGAUGUCAGCUCAGAAGGCUCUGACAGCGGGCAGUGAAGCUGCUGUAACAGCCUCCAAGCGUCCGGUUACUCCUGGGGCACCACUCAAGGAACUGCCGCUGUCUUCUGACCAGCCGUAUCUUUAAGACCUCCCUCAUCCUGCAGUCUCUUCAUUUAUGUCUGUAGAUCCCCUGUGCUCUUACUUCAAAAUGUUAAUAGUCAAUAAAAUUGUAUAUAAAGGAG